AUGUCCUCCAUACUACAGCUCGCCGGAUAUGCCCUCGCGCUCUAUGUCGGUUGGCGACUUCUCCGUUGGAAUUUAUACAAGUCACCUCUCGACAACAUACCUGGGGUUGCAAAUCACUCUCUCAUCGCAGGGAACAUCGAAGCAAUGUUUCACCCACGCGCCGGGUGGGCCUUCGUGGAAAAAGUCAUCGAAUACGGGCGAGUUUCCACCAUUCACGGAUCUUUCGGGACCAAGGUGCUGUUCACGUUCGACCCGCGAGCUUUCCACGCUAUAUACGUGAAGGAUCAAGAUGUAUACGAGGAGAGCGAUAUAUUCAUUUCGAUCUUCGGGCUCUGCCUCGGUCCUGGGUUGCUUUCCACAUUGGGGGAGCAGCACCGUCGGCAGCGCAAGAUGUUGAACCCGUUAUUCUCGGCCAAACACUUGCGUGACGCUGAUCUUCACGAACAUCGUUCACAAGGUCAGGGGAUCUGCCCCACUUCUCGCGGUCACGUCUACUAG